CAACCAACCAACCAACCGACCAUGUCCUUGAGGAAGAGUUCUCACCAAACCUCUGCUGAUACUCUCAACGGAGAUGGCAAACCUCCCAUCAACAGGUCCAGGUCCAGCAGUGAGCUCUACGAUUUAACCUGCAAGGUCAUGUUAAUCGGGGACUCCGGAGUGGGCAAGACCUGCUUCCUGGUGCAGUUCAAAGACAACGCCUUUCUGGCAGGAAGCUUCAUUGCCACCGUCGGAAUAGACUUCAGGAAUAAAGUGGUGGUGUUGGAUGGGGUCAAGGUCAAGCUGCAGAUCUGGGACACUGCGGGGCAGGAACGCUUCCGCAGUGUGACGCACGCCUAUUACAGAGACGCACAAGCGCUCCUAUUGCUAUACGACAUCACAAGCAAGACAUCGUUUGACAACAUUAGGGCUUGGUUAACAGAGAUACACGAAUACGCUCAGCAGAAUGUAGUCAUCAUGUUGCUAGGAAACAAGGCUGAUAUGACCGGAGAGAGAGUCAUCAAGAGAGAAGAGGGAGAGAAAUUGGCCAGGGAGUACGGCGUUCCCUUCAUAGAGACCAGCGCUAAAACAGGCAUUAACGUGGAGCUAGCAUUCAUGGCUGUUGCAAAGGAGCUCAAACACAGAUCUGUCAAUCAGCCCAAUGAGCCCAAAUUCCAAAUCCACGAGUACAUCGAAUCCCAGAAGAAGAAGUCCAGCUGUUGUGGGUUCGUCUAACAAGCCGUGAGGUUGGAGGACUCUGGCUGCGUUCGGCUUUUGUGAAUGGCAGUGGAGGGGCGCACUGAUGUGCACCGUUUGUGUAAUACCCAUCCAUGCUCUCUACGCUGAGUUCAGUUGUGGUCUGGCUCAUCAUUUUGUAACGUGACAUCAUGCUGUCCUCAUGCAUUUGACUACCAUGCGAGUGAGAGUUCUCUCCUCUCUCUGCCGUUUUACUGAUGUGUCUUCUUCUGUUUGGAGCUCUGAUGGUGACGCAAUGGCUUUGCGUUGCCUGGGAAUCGCUCACACGCCUUGACAUGAAAGUCCUCUCAAUGGGAGCCAUUGUAAAUGACCCUCCCGAUUUCUGUACCGUUCAGCCAGUCAGCUACUGUGUAUUGUAACCUGACUUUAAGGAGUACUGUAUUUAAGUUCUAAUCUUUCACGUCUCAUUCUAUCACCACGCAAUAGCUCACCCCCCGCCUCGCUCUCUCCUCCAUCCUUUUCCUUCCCCCCGGGACACAGGAGCUCAGCUGUCCUGAACUCCAGCAUCUGACUGGUAGGAAAGCUUCAAAAUCACAUUCUCAGUCUGACCACUAUCCAGCAGUAUUUAUUUUGGUCAGUGGGGGUGUCUGACACAAGCGAGAACCCAUUGCCCUGCUUAAGAGUAUCCCAAAACCAAGUUGAGCGUUGCACAUGUGAAUGCCGCCCUCACGUGGAAAUUUCCCUUUGUCUAGAAUGGAACGUGCAGCAUCUCCCCGGUCGGACGUACCCUUCUUUACCCAAUUCUGGAUAGAAUUAGGCACAGGCUAUGGGGAAACAGCGGGGUUGGGGUGAUGGUGGGGGAGUGGGACUAGUUAGAGAGCUCUUUCAAAAAGAG